UAUUGCACUGUGAUGUAUUCAUUCACCUGAUUCACCACCAUUCACAAUUUAUUAUUUUCUUGAAAAUUUGGUUGUUUUUGUGUCGAUCCACUUAUUUUAUGUCAUCUAGAAAAGUUGUUAAAUAUUAAUAAACCUUAUUGGUACUUAAAACGCUCGGACUACGUUAGAGUGCCGCCAGAAUAUAAAAAAGGGACGACCUUGUGUAAACUAUAACGUAUGUGUAUUUUUGUUAUAUUGACCGUAUAUUGAAUUAUUGUUAUAAUAUAUCAAAACAGUCAUCAAAUCUCUGCCUGAAUGUUGUCGCAUAUCAUAAUUGGCAUAUAUUACAUGGAAAACGCAAGAGAUUAACUUUUUGACGAUAUUAUGUAUACAUUUGCGUGGGGUAAAGACCACCUGAGAAUCAGGCGAGUUACUGUGGAAAUAUGUUCGCCACGACUGGGAUGGUAGCGGCACCUCAACAAGCGGCUGGGCAAGUCGCUCAAAAUGGAAGCACCACCUUGCCUCGAUCCCAUCACCAGAGAACAGGGCGACCACCAGCAGCUCCCAAAUCCUAUGACUACCUUUUAAAAGUAUUGCUUGUUGGUGAUUCAGAUGUUGGUAAGCAAGAGAUAUUGCAGGAUCUGGAAGAUGGAUCUGCUGAUUCUCCAUUCUGUAGUGGAAGUGCUUAUAAAACAACGACUAUUUUGUUGGACGGUAAAAGAGUUAAACUUCAACUCUGGGACACUUCUGGUCAGGGGAGGUUCUGUACCAUAAUCCGUUCAUACUCAAGAGGGGCGCAAGGAAUCCUUCUCGUUUACGACAUCACAAAUAAAUGGUCAUUUGACAGUAUUGAUAGGUGGCUUGAAGAAGUCGAAAAGCACGCACCUGGUGUUCCAAAAGUAUUAGUCGGCAAUCGCCUUCACCUCGCCUUCAAGCGACAAGUACAGGAACGUGACGCGGAGCUGUACGCAGCCAAGAACCACAUGGCGUUCUUCGAAGUGAGUCCCCUAUGCGACUUCAACAUACGGGAGAGCUUCUGCGAGCUGUCCCGUAUGGCGCUACAUCGCAAUGGCAUGGAGAGAUUGUGGAGGAGUAAUAAAGUGCUGAGCCUGCAGGAGCUGUGCUGCCGCGCGAUCGUGGCGCGCACGUCGGUGUACGGGCUGGAGCGCCUGCCGCUGCCCACGGCGCUCAAGUCGCACCUCAAGUCGUACGCGAUCUCGGCCGCGCCCAGCCGCCAGCGCGCGCGCGCACACAAGCACGCGCACACGCGCCUCAACUGCACCGGACGGAACUCGUGCGCCAUCGCGUGAGCGGCCGCCCUCGCAUCGCCUUGGAAUCGAGUGUACAUUCGGCAUCUGUAUUUAUUUCACUUAAUAUCUAAAAUUGAAACCAUGAAGAAAGCUACGCAGUACAUUGUCUCGAAUCGAGUUCAAUUCAAUUCAAAUAAAGGUGUAUGUAUUGUCGACUAGUAGAUCUAUAUCAUGCUUCACGUAUGGAACGACCUGACUGCCUUUGUAAUAUUGAAACGGUCUGAACGAUGUUGACCAUUCGUAGUACUACGCAGUCUACACGAUGCACGAUGAUGUCCAAAUUAAAUUAUCCUAACACUACAUACAGGCUGUAACUGACAACGGAUUUGUGAUUAGAUUAAGAUUAUUAUAAGAUAUUGUUACUUAAAAUAAUUAUGUAAUGUGAAUUUUGUGAAUAUAAGUGUUAUUUAAUUAUAACAAUAUGUGAAUAUUUUGUAGCGUGGCAAAUAGCCUGUACUGUCCAUCUAUUGGUAUAGACUUACCCUUAUAAUAUAUAUUGUAAUGUGGCUAGAGAUACUUCUAAUGUUAGUGGUCCCGUGAUACGUAUUGACGACAUUCUAAUACAAAAUAUAUAAACCAGACCGAAAUUGUAUAACUGAUGCUUCUCCGUACAUUAUAUAAACAUAUCUAUUAACUCUAUCAAGAAUUAAAUUAGUUUUGCAUGUGAAAAAUUUGAAAAUAGCAAAUAUUUUACUAAUUAUAAAUAAUUAUAUAUGCAUAAUCUAUUAUAACAGAUAUCUGAUACGUACGAUAGAUUUCAAAUACAUAAUAAAGCUUAAAAGAAAAAAACAGCUAUUUUUCAAGUACUACUUUUUAUUAUAAGUAACAAUUUUUCCAACAGCACAGAACAACAUUGAAACCAGUAGGGAUGAGAGAGUUGGUGCGUGUUUGAGUUUUAAUUAUUAUACAAGUACAAUUUAAUCGUUUAAUAUAUAAAUACUGAAUGUAACAAAGUAAAGUAUAAGCCAACUUUUGUCCAUUAUAAUAAGAAUAGUUUCGACGUAAGUUUUCACAAAUAUUUUGGUUACAUUUACAACUAACUAUUUCUUAUAAAAAAAAAAUAGCAAAACUUUUUGCUAAAUUCUUGUCUUUGAUGUAAAAUCGGCUAUUUUCUGAACAUUUAUCGAUUCGCGGAAUGAUUAGACGUUAAAAUGACACGUGACCUUAUUAUGUUCUAUUUUCGAAUACAAUACGGUUUUGUAUGUUUUUUUUUGUCACGUGACAAUACAUCGUUUUAUUUUGCAUUUAUCAUUUCGACGGCAUGUUUAUAUAGAUUAAUAAAGAAUUGUAAAUAUGAGACCGAACAUUGAAACUGUGUCAUUUAAUGCAUGUUUGGUUCGAUCCGUCCCUAGAAGGUAACUGAGUAAUUCCUAGUUCAACAUAACUAACCUUCUGUAAAUGCAACGCAGCUGAUCUUUACUCUAUCAUCGCAUUCUUCACUGAGUAUGAAGUUAAAUAUUUCGUCGUUAGACAACGUCCGUGUUACAAAACACAUUAUAAACGAUUAGUUUGUUACUAAUUUUGAUGGCUUUAUAUUGUACUUUACAAUGUAAAUUGUUCGAAAAACACGAAUAUUACUAAUGUUCGAAUUUUGGUACCGAUUAUUCGAUUGUACAUACUUUCUAACUUGAUAUGACGUGGCUUAAUCAAGUAGAUCUAGUAAAUUUGUAGCCUCUUAUAUAACAAAACCUUAACUAGUAUUAAAUCAGGUCGGACAUUUUCCUCCAAACCAUGUUGAUCAUGAAGAAAAGUGAAUAAAAGGCAAAUAACGUUUUUUGUACUGCCUUGCUGUGCAAGGUUUGCAAGCGACUGCGUUAACUUAUCGUUAGUGAAAAUUGCUGACAAUAUAUUUGACCGAACAAGAAUGACCGAAUAUGUCGUACUAAAACCGUAUACGUGGCAACCCUAAUAGCAAGUCUCUUAGUUUAGAAAUUGUGUACAAUACAAUCGCCAUCAUUGUAGAGUUAAUAAUUCAAACAUUCGUAGUAACACUCUUGUAUAAACUUAAAACUUAAGAUCCAAUUUAAUGAAAUUUAAAUUUUUGACUAAAUUUAAUAUUGAAUUAUAUUUACGAAUGCUUUAUUUUUUACUUUUUAAUAUAACAAUACUAUGCAUUACAUAGAUGAUAAAAUAAUGAUUCUUGUAUAUCCAUUAAAAGUAAAGUAGAUUGUAUUUUUUAAACAUAUUGUGUUAAGCUGACUUAGACAUAGUUUGGUUUCGAACGAAAAUUGUAUAAAAUAUUUUUUUGCCUUGUGAAAUGAGCGACAUUUUUUUUUUGGACAUUAUUAUGUUCAAUAAUAUUACGAAACGUACAAAGAAAGUAGUAUUUUCUAAUGUGUCUAACGUUACCUUUUAAACAACUAAGUUCUUAUCCGUGAUGGAAAGGGAAGGAUGUGAAUUAAUUUAUUAUUCAUAAAUCAAAACACUUUAUUGUACAUUGACAUUUAUUUCGUCGUAAAUGAAUUGUUUGCGUUAUACAAUGUAACCGCAUCAAACAUUAUCACAACGAAAAUUCUAUUAGAAAAAAACGGUUUGUGAACCUGAUCCAAAGUUUAUUAUGUAAAUACAUUGACAUUGUAAUUAAUCACCUUCUCUAAUUUAAUGGUUUUUUUUUUCAAAUUUGUAGAAAUGAGCCGAAGCGAUCUUUUGUACAUAUUAUUUCCUUUAUUUUAGGCAACAUGUUAUAUGUGAUUGAUAUUUAGUACAUUAUUAUAUAAUCCAAAUAAACUAAUGCCAGCUAAAAGUUCGGUAAAUACAGUCAUUAUCACUACUAUUGUAAGUUGUGAAAUAAAACUAAUUUAAUAAUAUAUUUUUUAUUUACUA